AUGCGUUUCAUUGCUCUCAUUGCUGCCUACACGACCCUGGUCGCCUACACUGCUGCUGUUCCGAUUUCAAACCCGAGCCCAAGUGGCCUCGCCCUCCGCGACACUGUCGGCGACAUCACCGACACCGCCAACGACGUCGCCAAUGACCUUGCCAAUGACGUGGGCAAUGACAUAGGCAACGACGUCGCUAACGAUAUCGCCAACGACAUACUCAAUGGAAUUGCCGACAUCGACCCCGACACUGAUAUCAACCUGAAUCAAGUCAAUAUAUCUCCCGUCAUCAACGCUAACUUUCCAUUGAUAAUCUGCGUUACAUUCAAUGCAGAAGAGAGCGACUUUAGUGUAAAUAAGCAUCGAGAAACGCAAUAG